CUCAUGUCUCAUUCGUAAACAACAGAGGUCCCUCGGGGAUUUUGCUUUUUUAUAGGGCAUUCCUUUUUGAUUUCGUAUUUGUUUCGUUGCGGACGACUUUAAUUUUUGUUUCCCACGCGCUUGCACACUGAAGGAAGGAAAUGUGCGGAAUAUUAUGUUGUUUUUCCAAAACGGAUCAUGAGUGUUUGAGCAAAGAGUUGAUUGGAAUACUCCACAACCGUGGUCCAAAUUCAGAAUCCAUUCUCACUGUAAAUGAGAUUAUUUUUGCCGGUUUUGUAUUGCACCAUCAGGGCACUGAAAUGUGUCCACAACCAAUAAAAACUGAUCGUCACAUAUUUAUUUUUAAUGGAGACGUCUUUAACCUGCCCAGAAAUGCUUGUGAAAUAUCAGAUACUAAUUGGAUUUUCAAUAAGAUUUCCGGGGCUAAAGACGAACGUGCACUUAUAAGUUGUUUUCGAUCCAUCGAGGGGCCAUUCAGCUUUAUACUUUACGAUAAUCGCCUUGGAAAUCUAUUCUUCGGGAGGGAUAGCUUGGGUCGAAACUCUUUGCUCAUGGAGAAUAGCAAGAGUCAUUUACGAAUUCUAAGUACCUCGUAUCUGUCGCAAGAUAAAAGAACAGAAAUUGCUGCUGUCGAGCUGCCACCGCUAGGAAUAUAUAAAAUAAAUAAGGAUAACAACAAAUGCUGCGUUGUAUUUCCUUGGCAGCAACCGGAAGAGCAUUGGAUAGCGCAAGCCAGAUCGUUGGAGGCUACUAUUGGUGUUAGAGUUCUCGUGGAAUGCCCAAUUGAACCCUCUUGGCUAUCUAUUAGCACCAUCAAUCAUAAAACAUGCUGUCAGGCCUUACAACCACAUGGUGCGGCAAGUAAAACGAUGAUAGGUUCUCGUCCCCUUUCUCACGAUGCUACACAGGCUCCAUAUGAUCCAAUUCAAUUUAUUCCUGUAGAACACGAUUAUACCCAGCUUUCAGCUCCGGAGACUUCCCUAAAGUUUUCUCCAUACGAAAGUAUUGAGCACUGGCACUAUUCCUUGCACGUAGUUUUAAUUCCGACACACCACUCAAAUGAUCAAUGUUCACCUCUUGGGUCAAAUCUUUGGCCCAUUAAAUACAAAUCUUACUUUUGUUGACAUGCUGUCAGGCCUUACAACCGCAUGGUGCGGCAAGUAGGACGAGGAUUGCUUCUCGUCCCCAUUCUCACGAUGCGACACAGGCUCUAUAUGAUCCAGUUCAAUUUAUUCCUGUAGAACCCGAUUACCUAGCUUUCAGCUCCGGAGACUUCUCUAAAGUUUUCUCCAUACGAAAGUAUUGAGCACUGGCACUAUUCCUUGAUGAACCUAAAUAAAUAUCCUCUGGGUAUUUUCUCGACGAAACGGAAGACGAAUAUAUCGACCAUUAUCUUCUCGACAAGUUGUCUUAUAAAAAUCCUCGCAGUAUGAAUCAUCAUUUGUGUUAGGGAUUCUUUCAAAAUUUUAAACUUCCCAAAACUACCCAAAUCUAGAUUCUCUCGCUUCCAAUUCUUUAGCGAUGUCAUAUGGAAUUCCUUCCAUAUUAAUAUUAGGCAAAUAAUCACAUCCAAUAAUCAUAUUAUGGUUUAUAAUAAUUGGAAUCAGCUCCGACACGCCAAUCAAAUGAUCAAUGCUCACCUGGUAGAAAAUGCGAUAACUUUGAAACUAUUAUACAUCUUCAGGGAGAAGUCCGAAUCUCUUUAUUUCACCAACACACUGCUAAAUCUAAGCGAACUCUCCACAAAAUUUUCACGUAAUCCACAUAUCUGUGUAUCAUGUCUCACUGUAGGAAUGCUAAGUUGUUCCUGUAUUCUUUUUGACAAAAAAAAACUUCGUUCUGAACCUCCAUCUAAUAAAGCUCGAACCAAAAACUUUUCACCAGCAUGAAGUACUUCCACAACGGCAGUCGGUAGCACCGUUGUGCUAUUAUUCUGAGAUAAAAACAGACGAACCGAAUCUUUUGUAGAACUACUAUUCCCAGGAUGGGAGGAAGUCAUUGGACCGUGAUCUGAACCUCCAUUACCUUUCUUAUCGUUGUAAUUCUCAUUAUUAUUAUUAAUAAUAAAUUAAGCAUUGUGUGAUGCUUUUGUUGACACUUUGCACACGAACUUU